CUACAGUCUACCUACGUACUUUGUUCGUCCUCCCGGCAGUUUCAGCAGCAGGCUUCGUUUCAAAACAAGGCCUAAAAGUACAAAAACUCAAAGUAGUAUUUUCUACCUCCACAAGCUAACAUUUCUUCAAGAAGAAACAUCAGCAACUGCACCGAAGGUUCAACAACCUCCCACCACCUCAAAACCAAAAUCAAAAAUAAUGAGCGGUGAACAAGCUAACGGAAACGGCGUCGCUGACGCUCCAGGAGCAGCUGCCGUCAGCACCAACAUGGACUCUGGUGUCGCUGCUGUCUGGAACGUGGUGUCGGGAGAUCAAUUCGAGAUCUGCAUGGGCGUGAACAAAGGUCAUGUCGAGUUGAAGAAAAUCGCCAUCGCUGGUGUCACUGCACCACGAAUGGGCCUCAAGUCCCUCCAAGUGGACACCAAGGACGAACCCUUCGCCUGGGAAUCAAAGGAGUAUUUGCGAAAGAUGCUCUUGGCGAAGAAAGUGCAGUUCAGAAAAUUGUACACCAGCCAGAGUGGCGCUUUGGACUACUAUGAAGUGCGUAUUGCGGGUGAGAAGACCCACGUCGGUCUGAAGCUGCUGUCAGCAGGCAUGGUGAAGGUGGCGCCGGGAAAUCAGGUGCUAUUUCUUUUCUGAAGAAUAAAAGACAACCAAGCACAAGAACUAUUAAGUCACAUAGUUCUAGUUGUGCUACACGAACCACCUGCAAUGACGGUAUGAUUUUUACAGGUUAUGAAUGUGCUGGUUAGGAAAAAGGACGAUAAGGAUUGUUCGUUACUAACCACCAGGUGAAAGGCCUCCCCUUCUAUUCCGACUUGGAGCAAGCAGAGACCGAGGCCCGAUCGCAGGCCUUGGGCGUGCACGCCUCAACCGGCACUGUGCGCGACCUCGCGGCCGCCCAAGACUUCCCAGAAGACUUCUUGGCCCAGAACAAGGGAAAACUGCGUCCCUGCAUCGUUGACUACAUCCGGGACGCCGGUACCUACCGAGUAGUCUGCCUGCCAACAGAGGAUGAUCCGCGAUAUGUGAGCGCGCAGAUUUUGCUCAGUGGUGUGCAGAACCCGACUUUCAGACGGUACCUUUACUUUAUGUUCAUGUUCUUUUUCACAGACAGGAGUUAGUCGCAGAUGAAAGAUGAAAUGAGAAAAAGUCUUCAUCCAGAUGAAGUUAGUCCUCUCGAACAAUCAGAUUUUUACUCAGAUUCUGUUCACGACGUAAGUCAAAACUUCAUUCUGUCUUAACAACAGGGAAGCCGGAGGUGUCGAAAUUGAGAGCAAGCCAGGGAACGGUGCCUUUUUCGCGCGAGCCUUCGCUAUCGAACGUAUCCUGGGAAGGGAGAUGUCGGUCCAUAUCGAAAGCAUCCAGAGGCAAGGAGGUGCGGGAGCACAGACGGUACUUUUAUACUUCAUCUGAAUCGGCUUCGGCUACACUUAGUUACCAUACUAGGUACUCAACGUCUCAACAUCUACGUCGACGUAUUCUUAUCGAUUUUUCGAGUAGAAAAUAGAGUGUGUUUUAAUCUCCACAUCAUACGGGUACGGCUACAGUGACUGAAGAAGAUUAUGAACCACACUCCUCGAAGUACCCUGCAGUAGUGAAGAACAAAGAAGUAAUUCGUACGUCUCCGCUACUAGCCGCGAAGGAGAACUGCAGAUCAUCAUGAUACUGAAGCUAAUAAUUAGCUCCAAAUUUCGUUGUGUUGACAGUCACCUCCUCCUGUAUUCAAUUUCAAAAAAACAACAUUUACUUUUACAUUAUAGUUAUGAGAAGUAUAGAUAAUUCCAAUAUUGUUCACCAUCAACACACACCAGAUCUCUUUCCUCGGUUCCCUGAUCCACCCGGCGAAGGGCAGCAUCACCGAAUUUUUUCUCGACGCCGGUUUCGGGCAAUAUGUGGACUGGUCAGCCGCUAAGAGUUACAGUGGCCCGGAUGCGUUGCAAGCUGCGCAGAAGAGGGCUCAGGAUGCCCGUAAGGGCCGGUGGAAGAACUGGGAUGGCAAGCAGGACUCUUUGGACAGCUUUGAGUUCACGGGUAAAGUGGUUGAGGUCUUGUCCGGAGAUGUGAUGCGCAUUGUGAACACGGAGACCCCAGAACGACAGGAGCGACGAUACUACUUGGCCUCAGUGCGAGGACCACAGAGACUGAGUCCGUGGAAUGCACCAUGCAUCGAAUUUUUGAGGAAAAAGUGCAUCGGCAAGCAAUUCAAAGUCAGACUGGAGUACAAGAAAAACAUCUCAGUGUUUGGAGAAGGUACUUGUAGUUCUACGAAUAAAAACAAUUAUGCGAGCUAUAUUAUUGAAUUAAUAUCUAGCAUGUUGAGAAACAUUUUGUAUUCGAAGGAACAGACUGUUCUGGUCUCACUUUUAAUACAGAAAGAUGAACAUCAUGAACAAAAUGAAAAUGUAGGCUUCAAAAUCAGGAAAAAAUAUCGCAUCUAUAUUUAACGUUACCAUCUUCCUCAUAAUCCAAUCCAAUCCUAGCACAAGAAGCUCAAUCUUCACAGGUGCUCACCCGCCUCCGUCCAACGAAGAAACCCAGGAAUUGUACUUUGUCUCUCUGCUCGAUUCUAGCAAGAAGAACGUGAUUGUGGAUGCGGUGGAAGCGGGUAUGGUCAUGCUGCAACAGAACAUGGGUGGUCCAGACAGCAUGAAUGAGCGAUCCAGAGAUUUCGACGCCCUGCAAGAGGCAGAUGCUGUCGCACGCGCAGGCAUGAAGGGUCAGCAUGGUGGCGAUGCCAAAGCGCCGAAGCCGCCAGCCGUGACGGAGUUGGUCCUGCAGCAGCCGGGUGGCCCGAAAGGUCGUGGCCCGACGACUAAGAAGGAGUUGUCCGAACGAGCAAAGUCGUUCGAAGCUCAACUCGUCGCCAGUCGAAGUGGGCAUGACGCCGUUGUCACGUACCUGAUGAAUGGUUCUCGUAUGCGUCUGCGACUGACCAACGAGAAGAUCACGUUGAACUUCCAGAUGAACGGCGUGCGCGCACCAAAUGCGGAGAAGAACAUUCCGGCAGCCGCCGCAGCCAAUGUGCCGAAGCCAGAGCCGUUUGGAAACGAGAGUCUACAACUGGCUAGAGAACUGUGCAUGCAACAGGACGUCAAGGUGGUCAUCGACCGGGUCGACCCGGCAGGGACGUUUCAGGGAACACUGUACCUGCUGAAAGGCAACGGCCGACAGGAUAUGGCUAUGGUUUUGUUGGAAAAGGGAUUGGCGUACUGCGAUCAGUGGUGCAACAACAGCACAUACUGGGGUGCGGAAGGAAAGGCGAAGAAUGAAAAGUACUUCGCUCCUAAAUUCAAUCUUCUUUUUUGAAGACAGGAGAAGUAGAAAUACACGUGGUCUACUUGAUCAUAGGCAUAACUCCUCUUACUCGAGUCUGCUCGUGCUCAACACCCUACACCAACGCUCUACAAAAAAUAAGGUUGAACUACUGGUCUCUGGAGCACGAAGCGCAGGCGGUUGUGGAAGUCGCAACGGCUGCCGGCACUCCGAUCCAGGGUAAGAUCACCCAAGUCAACUCCUUAGACAGUUUCUACGUUGUGCCGAGUGGAGGAGCCGAUUUGAAGAUCCAAAACGAGCUGGCACUCAAUGCCCGCUCAUUCGCAGAUGAGCCGCAGCCGCAGAAGAGAAAGUACUUCUUGCUCAUUUCUUUGUACACUAUAAAUUAAAAAUAUUUGCUGGAGGUGCGCGUUUUUUAUAAAUUUUUGAUCACCAAAAGAACCACACCUCCGACCACUUGUUGGUUCUACUAAGGUGGAAAGUAGCCGUACUAGUUAGUACAGCCAUGUUCUUGAUUUCGGUUAAAGAAUUUCUCUUCUCAUGUUCUGACUUGACCCUCAGGCUCAAGAACAGUCAAAACUUGUACUCGACAAUCACCACCUUCUCGACUUUUACAGCGUAUACGCCGUCCAGUACUGGGAGGACAAGAAGUGGUAUCGGGGCCGUCUCGAAGGUAAGGGCAGCGAAGGUCUGUGGUCCUUCAGCUUCAUUGAUUUCGGCUUCAUCGCGGACGUCGACAAUGUAAAGAGAAUUCAAGCUGGCAGCUCGCUUCUGUCAACUCCGGCAGUCGCUCAGCACUGUGGAUUGUACGGCAUCAAAACCAACGAUGAAUUCUGGGAAGACGCCUGCGGAAGCUUCUUCAAAAAGACCGAUGGAAAGACUGUUAGUGGUACUUGUUUCUACUUGUUUAUUUUUUUUGGACUGGAGAUAGAUAGAACUUUAUAUUGAUAAUUAGAGUUGUAAUGACCUGUACUUUUUCUUGUCCUUUGUACAGGCCUUGUUGAGGUGGUCGUUGAAGAUUUGGUGCAAGAGGACCUGGAACAAUCAAAGAACGAAGAAGACGUAGAAAUUGUUCUGAUGUAAGGGUAGAAGCGGUAGGUAGAAAUUGUUCUGAUGUAAGGGUAGGUAGUCUUGUCACGACGAUAGGAAUAGGAUGGUCGUGGUUGUACUACGUUUCUGACGGUCGCUAUGGUUGUUUCUCAUCAUCAAUUCGUGCACAACUUAAACAAACUCCGCUACAGGUACCAUCGAGAUCGCUCACGGCGGCGUCCAAUAUGUCACGCUUUUUGUCGCUGGUGCAUGCGUGAACGAAGCUCUGGUCAAGGACUCGGUUGCGCGUUUGACCCGCAAGCAGAACAAGCCGAGCAACAUCGACUACGCCACCUGGAAGGCAGCUGAGACCGCAGCCAAGCGAACCCGUGCCAAGCUCUGGCGUUACGGUGACGUCGGUUCUGAUGAUGAGGAAUACUAGAUUGUUCCCUCUCCUCGUAGAUCUGGUUCUGGAGAGGAGAAGCAUCACUUAUUUUAUUAGCACUAGCUAGAAGUAGUUCUCUUAAAAGUGUGGAGGUUUACGUUUAGUACUUCUACGUCGUCGUGUAUCUAUUUUCUUGAGGUUGAGAAUUUUUCAGAAAGGAGCACUUGGUCGCCCUCCAUGGACGGGACUGCCGAGGAGAUCUGCUGUUCUGUCGACGUGGCAUCAGUGCUAAUAUAGUUUCACCCUACACGUCGUGUAUCCCACGAACAGUACUUCCCAACAGCAACAGGCGUUUUGUGUAAUUAUAAUCGUUGGCAUCUCAAAAAUGGUGUUGAAAUUGGAAAGGUGACAAUUUGGUAGUAGUUGUAAUUGUAUUGAUCUAAGCAUAUUCUUGUACAACAACAUAUUAAGGUAAUUAGACAUAAAGCAUCAUGGUCGUGAAAGAUGAUUUCUUUCGUAUAAUUUCCGAUAAUAUUAUCGUAUUUCUAGCACUGAAAUAAAAAGCAUGACUGCGAAGGACCUUCAAUCAUCUAUCAUGUUCAUGAAGAAGAUAAAACGAAACACAAGGUAAGUAAACUUCCUAGAAUGGUGGUCCUGAGCAUGCUUCACUAAUUUCUCUCGAACUGUAUACGACUCUGAAAGACAAAAAUAGACAUCAGGGUAUUAUCACCAAGACUUUGGUGUGCCCCCGUGACACUGGAAUAAGAUAAUAGACAUCACUGCCUAGUCCUAGGACUAGAUGAAGAUGAGCACUAACAUUAUCAAAAGCAACAUGUUGAUGACUACAACAUCACAUGAUCAUGUUUAUUGAUAGCACUUCUUGUCCAUAAUCAUACCGAUACCUACUAGGUAGACUUGGAGCAGGAAUAUGCUGGAGGACAAUGUCCUUGUGACACGCCUUUAUUGUAACUGUGUCCGUCAAAAGACUUUACUUGUUGUGUUUCCUCGGCCUCAAUGUGUGCAUCAGGAAAAAGAUGAAAACCAUAAUUUUUUUUAUCAGGACUAACACAACAUCAAAGAACUGGAACAAUGGCCAUCAAGUGUUGAAGAGUAACUCGCUUGCGUCUGCCGAACCGUCCGGCGCUGCGUCUGGAGCGGAGAAAAAGAUGAGGCCGCGGUGCAAUGUUGGAAGAGAGGUAGGAUUUUUCUC